UGCGCGGUGACGUCAGCGCGUCGUGCGGCCCUGGGCGACGGCAGGAGCUGCGGCCUACAGUCAUCCCGCCCGCCGAGGCUGGAGAACAGGGGGCGCCGAGCGGACAAAGGCGUCGUGUUUAAACGGAGAUAGCGCGGAGCGAGAGGCGAGGCGGCCAUGCCGAACUUCUGCGCGGCGCCCAAUUGCAGCAGGAAGAGCACCAACUGCCCCGAGAUCCCUUUCUUCAGGUUCCCCAAAGACCCGACCAGGUGCCAGAAAUGGGUGGAGAACUGUCGGAGAGCAGAUCUAGAAAACCGCUCCGCAGAGCAGCUUCACAAACAGUACAGGCUGUGUGCGAGACACUUCGAACAGUCUCUAAUAUGCACCAAUAGCCCUUACAGAACAGUCCUCAAGGAUAAUGCUGUGCCAACCUUGUUUGACUUGACAAGUCAUCUCAAUAAACCUGAAGGCAAACACAGAAAGCAUAAGAUGAUAAAAGAGCUGACUGAGGAAGAUCUGUUGAGGGUGAAGGCACCAAGAACUGAUGGUGAUGUCUUGAGAGGACUACAAUGCAAGCAGGAGUCGGCCAACGAACUGGAGAAAUCUGCUCUGGAGGGUGCGACAGAAGGCCUUGAGGGAUCUACUCUUCUGCAAGAGUCUUUGAGCCUAACGCCUGAAGAGAAAGGGAAUAAAGAAUUUCUCAAAGUUUUAUUUGAAACUCUACUGCUGUUGGGGCGGCAAAACGUUCCCCUGGGAGGAUCUGGCACUGAAAACGUGAGUCAUUUGUGCAAUUCUCCAGAUAACAUCCAAGCGCUGCUGGAAUUCAGAAUGAAUGCAGGCGACGAGAUCCUACGGAAGAGGUUUGAGACGACUGCAGUGAACGCAGUGUAUUGCCCAAAGUCCUUGCAGAAGGACCUCUUGGACAUCUGUGAGAUGUGCAUUCGGGAGGAGGUCCUGAGAGAAGUCCGCGACAGCAACUUCUUCUCGAUCAUAACCGAUGAGGUGAUCAACAUAGCUGGGGUUGACAACGUCUCUCUGCUCAUUAGGUUUGUAGAUGAAUCUGACUCCCUGAGGCAAGAGUUUGUUGGGUUCAUACCCUGUGAGCUAGACGGGGUGUUUUUAGCAAGUCGGAUGCAUGAAACCCUCACGGAGAAAUGGGGGCUGAAUAUGUACUACUGUCGUGGACAAGCUUACAGCGGCUCUGGGACUAUGUCUUACAAGAAGCAAGUGGUCUCGGCGAGCAUCCUACAACAUUGUCCAAAGGCAUUGUGCACCCCCUGCUCCUCGUACCCACUGAAUAUAUGGAUGGCAAAGUCCAGCUUGAUUUUUGGUAUCAACAUGUUGCUGAACGUGAUGGAGAACAUAGUGUCGUUUUUCAAUCUAUCAUCCCAGCUCCAGAAGGUUUUUGAAGUCACCGUCGAUGGCGCCUUCCAAACGAACGAGGAAAAGGCAAAAGAGCUGAAAAAGCUCUUCCUCAACAACUGGUACGAAAGGCACGACACUUUUGAGAUCCUGGCAGAUCUUUACGAGGUGUUGGUGACAUGCCUGGAUGAGAUCAGCUAUGACACGUGCAGCCGGUGGAACUCGGAGAUAGCAACACAAGCCAGCAUGUUGUCAUCCGCCAUGCGAGACUUCGAGAUCAUUGUCUCUCUUAUGGUCUUGAAGAACGUCCUCUCUUACACACGGGCCUUCGGCAAAAACCUCCAGGCUCAGGCUUCGGACACCUACGCUGCCUCCAGCACUCUGACUGCCGUCCUCCACUCGUUGAACGAGAUGAGGGACAACAUUGAAGUGUACCACGAGUUCUGGCUGGAGGAAGCCACCAACCUGUCCCUCAAAAUGGGGAUCGAAUUGAAGUUGCCGUGGAGGUGCCGUAGGCAGCCCCAGAGUGGAGAGAUGUCUGACGAGACUCCAGAAAAUUACUACAAAGAAGCCAUCACCGCACCAUUUCUGGAUCACAUUAUUUUAGAAAUCGAGGACAUGUUCUCUGAGCAGCAGUUAAGGGCCCUCAAGUGCCUGUCAUUGGUGCCCUCUGUAAUGGCACAGCUCAAGUAUAACACGGGUGAGGAAAACAUGGCUGACUUGUAUAAAGACGAUCUCCCAAACCCUGAUACCCUUUCCGCGGAGUUGCACUGCUGGAAGAUCAAAUGGAAGCACCGCAGCCGAGAUGUCAAGCUGCCCAGCACUAUAUCUGAUACCCUUCGUCACCCAGACAUCAAGUUCUUUCCAAACGUCUACACUUUGCUGAAAAUCAUCUCCAACCUUCCGAUCAUUAAGCUGGAGACGGACAAGUGUGACAUUGGAAGGAGGCGACUCAAAGCCUACUUGAAAGUCACUCCAGUCGAGGAAAGAACCAGCAGCCUGGCACUGAUCCACAUUAAUUACGACACCAAACAUGAUUAUGACUUGAUGGUCGAUACCUAUGCGAAGCUGUACCCGGAGAAAAUGCAGUUGGCUCACAUGACAGAUUUGGAUAGCGUGGAAGUGAACAAUGGCGACGGAAGCCAGGUGGAAAUAAACAGUUUGGCCACGGACACCGGUCCACUGUAUGCUGUCGACGGUGACUGCAUUGAGGUGGCGAGUCACACCCUGGUGAGCGGGAUAGUGUUGCACCACCAGUCGUCGGGAACCAUCCUGGAGGCCUGCGAUGCAAGCAAGAAUGUCAUUGAGGUGGCCCAGCACGCGGAGGGGAGCACCGUGGAGCUUCAGCAGCUUCCCGUCGGCGGCACCAUGAUCCUCACCCAGCACCCGACGGUAGCCGGCGUGGAAUUGCAGCACCAUCCGCAGGAGGCUGGGCAGCUGGUGGGAAGCAGUGUCGAGGUCCUGCACCACAUGGGGGGCAGAGUGGUGGAGGUGAACGGUGUGGAGAUACAGGACGGCUCCGAGGUGAACGGCAUGGAACUGGAGCACCAGCCGGAGGUGGUGGUCGAGGUGAGCCACGACUCGGAGAUGAGGGCGGUGGAAUUUGAGGCGCCGCUGGAGGGAGGCACCGUGGAGCUGCCGCACCACGUGACCUUGCAGCACAUGCACGGAGGUACCGUGGAGUUGCAGCAUCACCCUGAAGGCAGCACGGUGGAGAUGCAUCAUCCUGAGACCAGUGCUGCAGAGUUGAGCCAACAUGCAGGAGAGAGCGUCAUGCAGGUGGACCAGUACCCCGAGCCCAGUACUGCAGAUUUGCAGCAACCUAUGGAGCCCAAUGCCAUAGAACUGCAACACCAACCAGAAGCCGUCACAACAGAGAUUUUGUGCCAUCCAGAGUCCGGACAGGGAGAUGUGCAGCACAGCCUGGAACCUGUGGCUGCAGAAGAUCAACACCCUCUCGACCCAGGGGUGGCAAAGUUGCAGCCAGAUGACGCGGCCAUGCAUCAAUGCCCAGAGCCAGGAGUCUCGGAAAUCCAACCCCAGUCGGAAUCGGUCACCACAGAGAUGCACCAAGAUCCCGAGCCUCCUAGUGGAGAGAUCCAACACCAUCCUCAGCCCAGCGCCGUGGAAAUCCAGCACCCUUCAGAGGCAGUCAUUUCAGAGACACAGCUCCACUUGGAGUCUGCCAACCCUGAGAUACAGCAUUCGGAGCCCUGCGACAUAGUAAUUCCCAGCCACCCCAAGCCUGUGACCGCGACAAUACAGCACUAUCCUGAGCCCGUCGCUGAGGAAUCCAGUGCCUGCGUGGUCCAGAACCAUUCUGAGCCUGCCGCUUUGGAGAUACAGCAGCAUCCUGCGUGCGUGACAACCCAGAUACACCAGCAUCCGGGGACCACUAUAGUGCUGAUCCAACACCACCCAGAGGCUACAGUCGCAGGGAUACAGCACCACCCUCUGAUGAUCCAGCAACACCCUGCGCCUGGCGCUGCAGAGAUCGCAGACCAUUCGGACGCAGGUGCCAGUGACAUGCACCAGCACCCCGGACCUAACGUACUGGAGUUGCAGUCGCACCUGGCACCCGAUGUGGUGGACACGGUGGAAUUGGAGCACGACUCAGAUGCAGGGACUGUGGAGGUGGAGGUGGAGCACUGCACAGAGACAGUGGAAACACUCGCCCCACCAGUGGGCAGCACGGUGGAAGUGGACAGUGUGAGUGUUUGCACUCAGGAUGUUAGUGAUGAAGGAAGAAAGAUUUUGGAAGUUAAAAAUUCAGAAGAAAAUUCAGAAAUGAACAUUUCUAGUGUAAGUAAUGUAAAUAGUUCUGAAGUAGCUGUACAAUAAAAUGUUUCUGUGCUCCCUUUGAGUAAAUUUAA